CAAACGCAAGGCCCGCUGGACCUGGCGCACCGCGAUCGGCGUUUGUUUAUACGAAUUUGACAGAUAAACAAUAACAAUGAACCAUAAGUGACUUAAACUCACCCAUAAACCCCGUCAAGAGUUGAAUUAUAUGACUAUUAUGUUACAGUGAGGUUUUUAUGGCGGAUUUUCGCCAGUGACAGUUCACAUUCGGCUUUAUUUGACAGUUCUACAGCCUUCUAUAAACAAUUGUAAAAACAUUUCUACCAAUUGUUAAAUCUACAAGCUACUGGAUUUUAUUUGUUUUGUUUUUGUUUUUCGCAGUGGUAUUGUGAUUUUCAGUGGGUGUUUUUAUGUUUUGUGUCCCAAAUGAACUAAAUUGCAAAAAUACUGAAGAAAAAUGGGGCCGGUUUUGUUAAUCGUUGUGUGUUUCCUGCAAGUUAUACGAGGCUACCACCAUGAAAACCAGCAACCCCCGAAAAUAACCGAGCAUCCUGUCGACACCAGCGUCGCCAGGCACGAGCCGGCAACGUUGAACUGCCAGGCGUCGGGGAAACCCGAACCGACGAUCACGUGGUACAAAGAUGGCGACCUGCUGCGCACCGCGCCGCAGGAUGCGCGCUCUCAUCGGGUGCUGCUGCCGGCAGGAAGUCUGUUCUUCCUCAAGGUCAUGCAGAGCCGCAAGGAGUCCGAUGGAGGCGUUUACUGGUGCGAAGCUAGCAACGCGUUGGGGAAGGUCCGCAGCAGGAAUGCCACCUUGACUGUUGCAGUUCUCCGUGAAGAAUUCCGUUUCGAGCCUCAGAGUUCUCAGGCGGCUGCCGGUGAAGACAUCGUUUUGGAGUGUUCCCCACCCAAGGGAACUCCCGAGCCGGUGGUGUACUGGAAGAAGGAUGGCCAACCGUUGACAAUAGAGAAAAGACUUAAGCUGGUUGAUGGUUCAAAUUUGGCCAUCACCGAUACGAAACCCAGCGAUCAGGGACGGUACCAGUGUAUUGCUAAAAAUACGGCUGGGGUUAGAGAGAGUACGAUUGCUAUAUUGAAAGUAUACGUAAAACCAUACAUGGUACGCUCGCCGCAGGACGUAACAGCCCUAGCCGGCUCCACAGUAGAAUUCGCUUGCGGGGUCGGCGGUGACCCCGUGCCCGACGUGCUGUGGCGUCGGAACGCCCCUGGAGGCACGAUGCCUUUGGGCAGAGUCCGCGUCCUCGAAGACCGAACGUUAAAACUCGAACGCAUCACCCUCAUGGACCAAGGCGUCUACACGUGCGAAGCUGACAACUCCGCUGGCGUCGUGUCGGCGUCCGGGAUGUUGACGGUGCACGUGGCGCCCCUUUUCAACGUACGCCCCAGCGCGCAGACCAUCGAGCAAGGGCAAGAGGUCACGUUUCAGUGCAACGCUCAGGGCAGCCCUCAACCCUUCAUAUUUUGGUCGUUCGAAGGCGAUAGAGCGUUGGUUUAUCCAGGAUCCUCCUCGGGAAACUUCGAGGCUUUCACAUCGCUAGAAGGGCACUCCACGUUGAUCCUGAAAAACGCGCAGGUGCAACAUUCCGGCACCGUGAUCAUUUGCUCGGCCGUUAACGCGGCGGGUUCGGUCUCCACGCGCACCAGACUUACCGUGACCUCCAAAGAAGAUCGCCCCCCGCCGGUGAUAAUAAGAGGCCCGUCGAAUCAAUCCUUACCGAUACACUCGGUAGCGUAUUUAACUUGCGAAGCCAACGGUAACCCGAAGCCGGUUAUAUCGUGGUACAAAGAAGGCAUCCCAGUGAGCGCCAGCGAUAGAAUCAACAUGACGAACCCGAGCCACAUCGAAAUCUACAAUCUUCGGAAGGAGGAUUCGGGGUCUUACACGUGCGUGGCUUCCUCCCGCGGUGGUAAGGCCACGUGGACCGGUAACCUCCUGGUGGAAAACCCCAAAAAUCCGAACAUAAACCUCUUCAAGGCGCCGGAAUCCAUAAUGCUACCCGGCCCACCGUCAAGACCACAUGCUCUGAACCAAUCCGAAGGUUCGGUCACCAUAACGUGGGGCCAGAACAACAAAAUCGGCUCUUCCAGCCUUUUGGGCUACCAGGUGGAACUCUUCGGUCGGGAGGAAGGUGUCACGCCGACAUGGACCACAGUAGCUCGAAGAGUGACUGGGCAGACUUACACGCAACACCUCCUCACGCCCAACGUACCGUACACCUUCAUCGUGCGCGCUGAGAAUACGCACGGAUUGGGACCGCCAUCGCAACUGUCAGAACCGGUUAUUGUCGGGCCGGACACGGCUCAAAAUUGGGGCAAUCCUGAGGUCACCAUAUUAUCCGAAGCGCGGGCAAAUUUAGUGUCCAGCAACGUGGUUAAGCUGCUAGAUGCCAUACCGACUUCAUCCACAGCGAUAAAGCUUGUAUGGGACGUCUUAGACAAUCUAUUUGUCGAGGGGCUGUAUAUUUACUACGUUGCUGUUGAUAAUAAUAAUUUGGAUUCGCCACCAAGGACUUACAGUAUGUUGACCGUCUUACACACCGGAGAUUCUACAACUUUUGUGGUCAACAAUCUUGAGAAGUGGUCUAAAUAUGAGUUCUUCAUCGUGCCUUUCUAUAAGUCUGUUGAAGGGCAACCAUCCAACUCGAGAACAGCAAGGACUUUGGAGGAUGUUCCCAAAGAACCUCCAACGAACAUGGAAGCGAGACUCCUCAACUCCACAGCGGUACACCUGAAAUGGAAGUCACCACUUCCGGUCUCACUGAACGGAGAGCUGCAAGGCUUCAAAGUUGAAGUGAAAACGAACAAUUCCGAAACGUUGGAAGCUAUAAGUGUCGGUCCCACUCCAUCGCUGCUCCUAACGAAUUUAACUUCCGGUAUAUCGUAUUUCGUACGCGUUGCGGCCAGCACAAGAGCGGGACUGGGGCCUUUCAGUCCUGCGGCUACGCUCAGAUUGGAUCCUGCCAGCAGAACUGCAGAUAACAACAACCAAAGACCCGUCGAUGCCGACAUGCAAUCCAGCGACUUCAUAACGGAAACGUGGUUCAUGGCUCUGCUGAUCAGCAUGGUUUCCGUCAUGGUGGUCCUGUUCGGCGCUAUGCUGUUUGUCAGAAGACGCCAAAUGCUCUCGAAGAAAACAAUGACGCCAAGCAGAUCGAACGGAAGAGUUCUGUCCACUCCGCUAGCCUCGAAACACGAAGCGCCUCUGUGGCUAGACAAGGAAACACUUCCGGAGUACGCGACAACGCUUCCGGAGUACUCCAAGUUGAACCCGCACGAGUACCGCGAUUACAUCAACAACGGAAGUCCGGCGAAUAACAGCGUCAAUUUGCACAACAACCCCAUGCACCCAAACGAAUACAGCCGCCCCAACGAUUUGGAGUACACGUCCGAGAAGAGCUUCCCGAUGCGGAAGUACAAGGAUUACCCCGGCAUACAGGUUCAAGAGUAUGCAAGUCCGAAUUUGGGUUCGGAUAGUAACCGGAACUCGCAGAAUGCCGAGUACGCGGAAGUGGACAGUACUUUGAUACAGCAGGAUAGCAGUGGGGCGUGCUCCCCUGCUCCGUAUGCAACAACGACGCUCGUAACUGGCGGAAGGAAGUUUGGGAAUUCAAUGAACUGGUCGUCGCACUCCAACGACUCGUCGGACGAGUCGCCGUACCCGUCCUACAACGGCGGCUACUACAACCGCAAAGUGUACUCGGACUCGUACUCCGCCCCCAACGACACGCUCCGGAAGCCGAAAAAAUCAUCUCGUAAGAACUCUCAGGACUCCAAUCCGCCGGAUCUGGUGUCCCCCAAUCAGCCGGUUUACGCCAGGGUGGGCCCCCCCGGCAUGUCUUGGCGGAACGGCAACGGUGUGCCCCCCCUUUCGAGUUUCACCCCCCAGAUGCAGAACAAGCACUACGCGUCCACGAGGAGCGAGGGGGGGAAUCCCUUGUGAAAUGUGUCGAGGUACUAAUAAGGUUUUACGGCCUAAAAAUAACGAGACAUGAUUGGUAAAUUUGGUUUUUGAAGGGGUGGAAGUGGAAAAUGCGGAAAUAUGUGAGUAAGAAUUUUUUAAAUGUUUUACACAAUUUGGCGACUUUUUGCUAACUUCCGGCUUUCCCGGAAGUUCGUUAAUAAUCAUUAAUCAUUUUGCGAACAAUUUUUGAACCUAAACUUGGUACUUUUGACAUAUUUUUAUCUAAAUAUUUUGCAGUAGCAAUUAUUAUUAUUUGUAAACAACCUAACCAAAUUUCGGCUACUUAAAAAAAAUUAUAAUACUCAG